CUCCAACAAAGACUUAUUUUCUGCCUGGCAAAAACUGUGGCCAGAAGGACGGACUAUCACCUUUAAUUGUCAGUGGGUAUUCAAGUCAUCAUGCUGUUCACAUGACGUUAAAUACGGAAAGAAUCAAAAGUGGGAGAGUCACAGAGAGCAAACCUUCAAAGGGCAGGUCUGAGAGUUUUAACAUCACUAAGAUCACACACAAGCUGCACUGAAUUGCGAGAACGACAGAAGCCUCAGAGAGUUCAGUGAAGGUAUUUUGCUUUGAAAACAAAGACAUACAAAUCCAAAUAUAAUGCAGAGACCAAGACAAGUGCAGAAACUACUCUUCUUGCUCCUGGCUCAACUUUUAAAAAUUGUUUUUUGUGAUGCAGGACCUGAACAUAAACAAAGUCAUGAAGGUCCUAAACUUGAACAUUGGAGCUAUACAGAUCAAGACUGGAAGAAAGACUAUCAUGAUUGUGAUGGGAAGUCACAGUCUCCUAUCGAUAUUGAAACCAGCAAAGCCACGUUCAAUAAAAACCUUCCUAAAAUCAUACUUGAGGGAUACGAUUUACCAGAAACAACUUCACUCAAUUUAACUAAUAAUGGACACACAGUUAAACUUUCCCUCCCAAAUUCAAUGGCCAUAAGCGGUGGGUUGUCACAGGAAUAUCUGGCAGCUCAGCUGCAUUUUCACUGGGGAUCGGAGGGCUCUCCAGGAUCGGAGCACACAGUGGAUGGUACACAGUAUGCUGCUGAGAUGCAUGUUGUUCAUUAUGCUUCCAAAUAUGGACGUAUAGAAGAUGCAGCGAUGCAAGCAGAUGGUCUUGCUGUCCUGGCAGUUUUAUUUCAGGAGGGAGCACAAGAUAAUAAAAAUUACAAUCCCAUUUUUGAUAAACUUGAAGACAUUUCUGAAAAAGGUGUCAAGGUGCAAAUUCCUGGUUUUGACAUAGGCACUUUGUUACCUCGUCAGCUGUACCGAUUCUUCAGAUAUAAUGGAUCGCUGACAACUCCACCCUGUUUUCAAACCGUUACCUGGACUGUCUUCAAUGAUACUGUCCAGCUUUCGAAAGCACAGCUGUACAAAUUAGAGACCAGUUUAAAGACGGACCAACACACUUUGGAGUCUAACUUCCGACUUGUCCAACCACUCAAUGGAAGGAAUGUGUAUUCUUCAUUUUCAGCAACACUGGCUUCAAGAAGAAUGAUUCAUAAAGAGGACGCUGCUGAACCAGAUGGAGAAUACAAAUCAGGAUCAGACAUUGGAGAACCAAAUGCAUACAGUAAUCAUUCAGAUGGCAACCAAAUCGCUUUAGGUGAUACACUGGCCAUUAUAUUUGGGAUCCUGUUUGGAUGCACGGUUUUGGUCUUUGUAAUUUAUGUGUUGCGACAAAGGAAAAGACGAAGCUUAACUACUGAAGGUGGACAGAAGGUGAUUUACAAACCAACGACUACAAUGGAAGCAUGAGACUGCCGUGAAUAUCUACUUCUUCCAAAUCUGGAACUGAAAAUGGCUGAUUGAACCAAAGUUAUUGAUUUCUAGAGAACAAACUAUUUGUCUGUUCUCUGCCAUUGUCAGAUGUGGUUCAGUUAUUGUGUUUAUAUACAUAUUAUCUUGUUUGUUAUUAAGAGAAAAUGUUGCAGCAUCAAUCUGUUGUGAUCUGAAUACAAAGGGUAAAAAUGAUAGGGUACAGGAUGAAGUGGAGUUUACUAUUCAGAUCUCUUCUGUCUACCUUGCCAUAGCCUAAUCCUCUGUCAAACCGAUUACAAAUAGGCAUCUGCUUUGCUAUGGGGUUGAGGAGUGGGUCCCUUAUCUGCAUUGGAGUAAAUUGACCACUACAAAUUGCCCUUCAUAUGUAGAUGAAUGGUAGACUCCAGGGACAGAGGGAAUGUGGGAAAAACAAAUUGGGUUAGGUUAAGACUAAUGUAUAAAUGGGUGCUUGACUGUUAGUGGGCUGAGGGGCUUGUUUAUAUUCUGUAUAUCUUCAACUCUAAAAAGAAAAAGCAGUAUAGUUAGUAAAUUAGGGAAUGGAGGCAGAAGAAACUCCUGGUACAGGAAUUUAAAGCAAAAUACAAGCUGCUGAAAGAACUCAGCAGGUCAGACAGCAUCUGUAGAGGGAAAAGGAUAAUGGUCAUUUUGGGUCUGAUCCUGCAUCAGUCCCAAUUCAACAUUGACUAUCCUUUUGCCUCCACAGAUGCUGCCAGACACACAGUUAUUCCAGCAGUCUAUAUUUUUACAACAACUAGGGUUACUGAGUUUCCAUAUACCAGAAGGAUGUUAAAUAAUCUUGGUCCAUCGUACUGUAGUUAAUCAACUUCAAGUGAAUAACUGAAUGCUCAUCAAAACCUUUUCUAUUUUGCAUGUAUAUUCUAUCCUCAAUAAGUCAGGAAAUUAUUACUGAUAGUUUUGGGAAAAGGAAUGUGGUUUAACAGUAUUUGGGCAUAUUUACUGAAUGGGAAUGCUGCUGAUUAUCCACAGGAUUACACAUGUAAAAUGUGCCUGGCAGGGAUGGUUGAAUGUUGUGGCAUUAGGAUUUGCAUAGAUAAAUACUUAUGUUCUUGGACUGAUCGCUAAGAAUUGACAAGUUUGACACAGUGAAUGUGUUUCAACAGCAUCAUUGCAGCUUGUGUUUCUGUUACAGUGUAGGUGUAUUUUGGGAGUCAUGGAAAACUGUAAUUCCAAAUCAGCAGAUAAGACUCCCGAGUCUUAUUGCCUUCAGGGAAAUGCUACAAUAAUUUGUAUUAUGUAUACAAUGGUAUUUAAUUCAUAAAGUCUCAAUGGGUUUCAUAAUUUAAUUUAGAUGAGGAAAUGGAUUUCCAUUUCCCCAACUGCUGGCCAAUAAUUUCACCAUAAACUAUUCACAAAUGUAGGUUUAUAAAAAGAAUGGGAAAAUGACACGAUAAAUUUGAGAGGGUUAUCUAGAGAGUGGAGCUGAAGGUUUGGCAUUCUGAUGGAGUGAAGGGGGCCAAAGAGAUUGUUGGGUAGAUUCAAACCUGGCAGAAGAUGGUAACAUAGAAUGAGGCAGUUCUUAGAAUUUAAGAAUUUUGAAUUUAAAGGCAAGGCUGAAUACUUUGAAUUUAUAAUUUUGGCAGACAUAUUAACCUGGUGGGUUGGACUAACUAGUAUUAGUUUUCACCUAGGUUCCAAUAAUAUGUUAAAUUACUUCCACAAUUUGUUACUUUGUAUGGAUUUUACUUUGCAGGGGCAUAUUAAAGAAACUAUUUCAAAGCACAGCAUUAAAAUUGAACAAAGGAAUUGCUCUGAUUUCAAAAUGUCUUGGCAAUAUCGUUGACAGUGAAGUACUAAACAAAUAAAAUCUUCCUCUUCAAAGAUGUCUUUCUGUUAUCUAAAUUUCUUGCAAUUUAAUCUUCACCUCAAACCAUACAGGUAUAAUUGUUAUCAAUAUGGCAGAGAGACUCCUGAAUAAUGACAUACUGGCCCCCACCUCACCUUCCAGGAAAUAGACACAAGAGAUUUUGCAGAUGCUGGAAAUCUGGAACAACACACAAACA